AUGCAUUCACUUUCGACUCGAACAUCUGUUAUGGUAGCGGGCUUUCUCGAUGCCAUCGCCAAAGUACGCCAAUUUCGAUUUCAUAACGAUGACGAUAUCUACGAUCGACUAUCCAGACGAUUUUCCGUGGUGUUACUUAUGUUAUUCACCGUUGUUGUAUCGACGAAGCAAUAUGUUGGCGAUCCGAUUGCGUGUUUUGCUCCAGCACAAUUUACCGGUUCACAUGUUGAAUAUGCCAAUUACAUCUGUUGGAUAUCGAAUACUUACUAUGUCCCAUUCGAAAGCACAUUACCAGCUAGACAUGAUGAACGACCCAAACAUAUUGCCUAUUAUCAAUGGAUCCCAUUUAUAUUACUUUUAAUGUCCGUACUUUUCUACAUUCCCUCCGUUUUAUGGCAUGCUCUAGCAACAAAAACAGGUUUUGAUAUUGCUAAUCUUGUUCGAACCUUACAUACGAUGGAGCAAUUGAAUCCUGAUAUUCGAGAUCGAACACUCAGAUAUAUAGCUAAACAUAUUGAUCGUGCUCUGGAAAUUCAACGUGAAAUGGGCACAGGCUUUUUUUCUCAAUUCAAACGUAUUAUACGUCGUCAUUGUCCAUUUCUUGUUAUCGGUCGUGCUCAAGGCAACUAUUUAACUUUUGUCUAUUUAUUUGUCAAACUAUUGUAUAUUUCGAAUGUUAUUGGUCAAUUAUUUUUACUUAAUAUUUUUAUGGGUUCAAAUUAUCAUGGUUAUGGUAUUGAAGUGUUAAAGAACUUCUUAUCAGGUCGUGAAUGCUGUCGCUCAGCUCGAUUUCCUCGAGUUACAAUGUGUGACUUCGAAAUACGAACGAUGGCUGAUCAUAUACAUAAACAUACGAUACAGUGCGUGCUUCCUGUGAAUUUAUUUAAUGAAAAGAUUUUUAUAUUCAUAUGGUUUUGGCUUGUCAUUGUUUCCAUCCUAUCUUCAUAUGGUUUUCUAAUAUGUAUAUGGCAACAAAUCUUACCAUUCAAUCGUGAACAUUUCCUUAAGAAAUACCUGAAGAUCAUGAACCGAAUAACGCGUGAGGCGUUCGAUAGGAAAUUAUUCAAUACAUUUUCGAACAAAUAUUUACGACAUGAUGGCGUAUUAGUCCUACGUUUAGUUGCAAUAAACACCAAUGAUGUUAUCAUGGGAGAAAUUAUGGUUGCAUUAUGGGAUAGUUUUAAACGAGCACAAGAUGCUGAUGGUGGAAUAUUUGUGUAA